CAUGUAGACGUCAAAGGCUAUUGAAAUACGGUUCAGGUCUCUGCAUAAAUCGGUCGUCUGUUUGAGAGGAGGUCACACAGUUUUGCUUGAAAACCGUGCGCCAAUUAUUUUUAUAUUUUGUAAUUAAGUAUUCAAAUACAAACAUGUUCUCCAGGGUAUUCAAGCCAGCCGCAGUCGCGAGACAAUUCAGCACCUCCAAACAGAACAACUUCAAAGUUGCCGUCGCCGGAGCCAGCGGUGGCAUCGGUCAACCACUUUCUUUGCUCCUGAAGCAAUGUCCGUUGGUCACCGAGCUCCGUCUCUACGACAUCGUGCACACUCCCGGUGUCGCUGCCGACUUAUCACACAUCGAGACCCCUGCCAAAGUUUUAGGUUUUAACGGACCUGAUGCCGCUAAGGAUGCCUUCAAAGACUGCGAUAUCGUUGUCAUUCCAGCAGGUGUACCACGUAAACCAGGUAUGACCAGAGAUGAUUUGUUCAACACGAACGCUGGAAUUGUUCGUGAUAUUGCCAAAGCCUGCGCCGAGGUGUGUCCCAAAGCUUGCUUGGCCAUCAUCUCGAACCCAGUCAAUUCCACCGUACCGAUUGCCUCUGAAGUAUUCAAGAAGGCCGGUAAGUUAGACCCGAAGAAGAUCUUCGGCGUUACCACCUUGGACGUUGUCAGGGCUAACGCUUUCAUCGCUGAAGCCAAGGGACUGAACCCGAUGGAAGUUAACGUGCCGGUCAUCGGAGGUCACGCCGGCAUCACCAUCAUGCCACUGAUCUCUCAAAGCAAACCCGCCGUCGACUUCCCCGCCGACAAGCUCAAGGCUUUGACCGAAAGGAUCCAGGAAGCCGGCACGGAGGUCGUCAAGGCCAAAGCAGGCGCCGGUUCCGCCACCCUCUCCAUGGCAUACGCCGGAGCCAGAUUCGCUAUCUCCUUAAUGAGAGGCAUGAAGGGCGAGUCCAACGUAAUCGAGUGCGCAUAUGUUCGCUCCGACGUUACCGAAGCCACCUACUUCUCUACUCCGUUGUUGCUCGGCAAGAACGGUCUCGAGAAGAACAUGGGUUUGGGCAACCUCUCCGAGUACGAGAAGAACUUGCUGAAGGCCGCCAUCCCAGAGCUCAAGAAAACCAUCCAGAAGGGAGAAGAUUUCGUCAACAAGGCCUAAUAGAACAAACGCAAGUCCAGUAACAGAAAGGAACUUCACUUUUAGUGCGAUAUUGUCAAAUCAGCUACAUAUUUUAUAUCAUUUUUUGUAUUGUACAAAUAGAUUAAGUAUGUAUCCUCCUUUUUAUAAAUGUCCUUAAAACCAUUCACUAUUUAUUAAAGAAACCAAACUUAAUAAAAGCACUGUUAUAUUUACGCCCACUUACUUUAUAGCAAUUGUACAUGAUUCCGUCCAAUAGGCAAUCAGAUAUGAUACUGUAGUCAACCAAUCUCUACCUAAGUUCUAGAAUACCAAUAAGAUCGUUUCAUUGGAUCACAAAACUUGUUCCAGGUGAAUGUGAUUGUAAACGAAACCACGAAAUUCGGGACCGCGAAAAAAAUAUAACUGGUAUGCAGUUGCAAUCAAAGUAUAUUUUCUUAUUGUCACAAUUAUAUCCUCUUCGUUCAACACAUUGACAAAGCAACGACCCUCAUUAUGUUUCCAGUCUUACAUCAACAACAACAAUCUAGAUAAAAUGAUAAAAUAGUACUGGGAGGGUAGGAGGGGGGUGGGCUGGACGAUAGGGAAGAAAAAUAUAAUGAAAAAUAAAAACUAAUUGAAGUUUCACUUUUUCUUUUCAACAAAAAAAAAA